GGGAACUUCGGCCGAUCGGACUACGCGCGCAAGAACGGCCUCGACAAGAUGGCGGGGUACAUUAGAUCGGCCGACGACUCGAAACUAGAAGAACUCAUGGACAUCCUGCGGUUUUUGGGCGAGUGGCGGGCCUCGCUGGAGGCUAGAUCGACGUUGGGCGACUGCGCCUGGAAGGCACACUUCAUCACCGACCACUCGUAGACCGACAUACGGGUGUCCAAUUUUCGGCACCGUCAAUGUGUCGAUACCUGUUCGAGAAAGAGUCGAGGUUCAAGAUCUCCCCGCUGAGCGAUGUUCCUCACUUCAUCAACCUUCGCUACAUGGGCCAGGAUAUCGUGGAACACCGGUA